AUGGGCUCAAAGGGCGCAUCGUUGCCAGCAAGCCGUUCUCGUCGCGAGCGCAUCACUUCACGACCCGCAGUGACCAGUGCAAGCGCAAGCAGUCUGAGUUGGAAGGCAAGUUGGCCAGCCAGCAGGCAAACAAGGAGAAACUCGAGCUGCUCAUCGCCGAGACAACCGCAGAGCUCGCCAAGCUGGAGCAGGAGAUCGUCGACCUCGAGGCCCAGCGGGUUCAAGUGGUGCUCAAAACGCCCACUGUGGCUGCAGGCAGUUUCUCGCUCAAGACGAUGGUGCCAGCGCUCGAGCUCCCUGUCGAUAAGUUUGGCGAGUUGCUGCAAGAGCUGGGUGCGGACGCUACGCUCACAGCCUCCGUCAGCUCGUGCUUCGAGGCGCUUCGUGAGCGGCAGGCCAAGGCGACUGCGCAUGCAGCGGCCGCGGCCUCGACCUCGGAGCCUGGCCGCAAGAUCGUGGGGCGGCACGGGGAGACGGUUACGCGCCUCGACACCGUUGCGGACGCAGCGGAGCUCAUCCUCCUCAUCGAGGCUGGAAAGCGUUCGACGACACACGACGAGCUCGCACUCAACACAUACGAGAAGGUGCUCCACGGUGCUGGCUCGCGCCUGGCGCUUGGGCGCAAGGCCACCACGGAGGAGGUCAGGCGCGCUCUCCUCGCCGAGGAGGGCACGGACCUCGCCAAGAGGUGGGCAGCCUUUCGCGCAGGAGAGCGCCUCGCUGCCCAUCCUGAUUCAGAGCUCCUGCUCGACGUGCUCACGAAGCUGGAGGUGCCCCGGCCUGGCCAGCGGGUGAAGGAGCACGUCACGGACUUGCAGGCGGAGCUGCCGCAGGACAACAUCGAGCAGCGCUCGUUCCUCACGGAGGCGGGCACUUGCGUGCUCAAGACCUCGGAGCACGACACGUCUGCCGGCAAGUGCGGGAGCCCGCACUCGGAGCUGCUCAACGGCAAGGGCGACCAGCCUGCCACCGAGCUGGGCGCCAUGGUCGAGAAGGCCAAGACCGCCCCGCUCAUCGACUUCAAGGUCGAGGAGACACAGAGCUACGACAAGGCGGACGAACCCUGCGUGCUCACGACCUCGGAGUACUCGGAGCACGACACGUCCGCCACCAUCGAGGACGACGAUAACGAGACUGCA